GGCUGAAAUGUUGUGGUAAAGAAAGUAAUUGGGAUUGGCAUAUAAUUCUAAUACAAGGCACAGAGACUCUGUUCUUAGAUAAAUGUAUCAAAAGAAUGAGAGAGAGUGACCUUUGGUAGAAUUAUUGUAUCAUUUAGGAGAUGAUUUCACUGGUGUUGGUAGAGUCGAAGAAAGGGUUUAUUUCUUCAUCCGCACAAAUUUCUCCAUAUCUUUUCAAGCCAGUUGCCACUUUGGCUUUAUACUGUGAUCUUCUGUUCACAUAUUUUUCUUGCUCCAUAUCACAAACUGCUAUAUCUUUGUUAUCUUGGGAAACCAUUAGAUUUUCGUAUGAUCUUAUAGCGACCUUGGUCUUUUUAUUCUCUUCCUUCUUAUCAGGUACCUCUUCAUGAAUAAUAUUAAGAUGCUUACUUCCAAGCUUAGAGAUAAGACCAUCAAGUCUAGUAUCUUCAGAUGAGUUAGGUCCCAUUUUAACUAUUGAGCUAGUCUCCUCAUAAUUUCCCUUCAAAUCAUCCUUGAAUGUUUCUACAUAAUCUUUGGGGCUUGGAUCUGUAGUUCUCUCUAAAUACAAUUUUUAUACAAAAGUAGAUAAUAAUUUUACGUUUUUUAAUUUUUCUGAUCAAAAUAAUCAGAUUGAAAAAAUUGCGAAUUUGAUAUAAAUUCUGUUCUUCAAUUCUGACAACUUAUAAUUUCUAGAAAUGCGAUUGCAUUCAGCCAAACGAGUUAAAAUAAAAAUUGGUGAACGAUUCAUUUUAUUUCUCCAUUGCUUUAAAAGGAAUUUAAAGAAGAUCGGCUCCAGAUUAAGUUAGCUAAAAGCAAAGUUUAAGUAAAAAUGUUCACAUAGAUUUUAGAUUUUGAAAAGGCAUAAUUAUUAUAAAAAUGUUUCUGCCCUAUUAAACAGCUUUUGUGCAUUAAGAAUUCAUUUAUUCUUCAAGAUUUUAUUCUUUUGUUUAUUAACUCUCUGAAGGUCAUUAACUUGGUAAUUAAGCUAGUCAAUAAGAUAUUAAGAAUACAAGAAUUCUGAAGAAGGAAGAAGGCUUGAAAGUUAAAAGUUUAGCUUAAAUGUGCUCUUAAGAACAGAAUAAUACAUCCCGAUAUUUUAUAGCCAAAAGUGAUCGAACUUUUCAACUAAGGAGCAUAAUCACUUAGGUGGAGAAUACUGAGCUGUAUUAUACUGUGAAGUAUUUUCUCUAUUAACAAGAUUUUAAAAAUAGUAUUUUAAAUAACAUAGUGUCUCUUUGAUAAUAUCCUUCCUACUGUACGGUAAAUGGAUUUGGCUACCUUUAACUAAUUGAUCGUCCAUCUUUGAC